ACCAGGCAUGGUAAUUGAACUAACUGUAUUCUGCUGGUUUAUUUUGAAAGACUACAUUUAACAGAUGACUUCUCUAUAGUGCGAAAUGGAUUAUCAACGGCAUAUUACCUCACGUCCAUUGAGAAUUCUUUGCCUUUUUAAUCUGGUAUCCCCUGUAUUGUUGUCCAGCUGUCCUCAAAUCUGUGACCCAGGCUUCAUUAUUGACAAGUGUAAGUGCGUCCGUUGUUCCGAUGGCUUCUACUGGUACAUGCAGAACGGCCUUCCGAAGUGUGACCUCUGCAGCAAAGCCUGCUCGGUGGAUCAGCACUUGACACAGGUGAAGGAAUGCGGCCGGGACUCAAACCGCGAGUGCCACUGUGACAGUGGCUUUUUCUGUGACAACGCUGCCCAGUAUACCUGCAGGAGGUGUAAGCCGUGCUCGCCCGGAACCUUCUCUAACAAACCAAACCUAACCAUGUCCUGCAAACCCCACACAGAUUGUGGCCAUAAGGGAAUGACUAUGGUGACAGAGGGCACUGCCACUCAGGAUCGUGUAUGUGCCCAGACCUCCCCUAACUCUCCUACAACCACUGCGCCUCCAACUGUCCACAGCUCAGAGAUAGGCUUUCAUUCUUCUACCUCCAGUGGAGUCAGCAUCACCCGAAAACCCCUCAUCAUAGCAUCCCCAUCUGGCCUGGUGGGGUCUAUAUCUCCUGAUGCCUUUCCCAUAGCCACAAUUGACACAUCUGCAGACCCUUCACCAGCCUUACUCACCAGGCCUUCUUUGUCCCAAGCCCAAAGCGAGCCCUCUACCUCCCUCCCAACUAGGAAACAAGUCACUGAACACAGCUCCUUUGACCCCAACACAAUGCUCACCACCAGGAGAAACCCCAGCAAGGUGGACAGUAACACCUCACCUGCAGAGUCUGCCUCUGCACCUCUUACCACAGAUGACAAUGACUCACCUCAUCUCUCAGCAACAGAUACUGGACCGAGCCCUUCCACUCUCUCUUGGCUGCUGCUGAUAGGUGGGCUACUAGAGGCUGUCGUGCUGCUGGUUGUUUACUUUGUACGUUGUAAGGAGAGGUCACUGAAGUCCCUAGACAAGUGGAAAGGUCCAGUAUUUGGUAUAAAUGAUGAGCAGAUUUGUAAGGAAGGUUUAAGAGGGAGCUAUAAUGUGUGGGAGAGCUAUCAUUGUCCUACGGCCCUACAGACGGCUUCCUAUAUACAGGCCCAGCCACCACAGGAGAGUUGCCCAUACCCGGAGGCCCAGCAUCUUCUGGGGAGUGAGACUGGGGGAAAUCCUAGACAGGAUGGUGCAGGGUUGCUACCUCCAGGGGUCAUGAAGCAGGUCACAGUGGACCACUCUGGUGGAGAGAACAUUAGCAACACAGUGGGGUCCAUUUACAUCUACUCUCCGGGGACGGUUGUCCUGGGAUACAACAAGUCGGAGAGGAAGGUGGAUCAAGUCGAGAGUGGGGUAGAGGGCUGUCCCCUCACCAGAACACCCCAGCAAGAGUCCUCCUGCCCCCUCCCUGAGGGCCUUGCUCUGGGGCCAGAGAGAAUGAGUACACGGGAGGAGACCUGCAAAGAGCUGAGAUACCCCAUCCCGGCCACCAGCAACUGAGAACUAGAAAAAAAUGGAAAUUAAGGAUUAACUAUGGAAAAAGCCUGAGGAGGAGCAACUUCAUUCAAUAUCAACUAUCAUCUCUAGGGCAAGAAUGCAGACAGAUUAUUAUUUGCUACUGUAAAGACUGUUAGACUGGAUGGCUUCCUUCUGUACAAGGAUUGCCAAAGCCACUGGGGUCCCUCAUGGGUCUUCUAUUAUGAAAGAGUGACAGUUUGGUCCAACUGUAUGUAAUAGUCUUAGCACGGUUUCAAAUUCACUGUAAGUCACUUGUGACAGCAGUGCUGGGACAGUUUGUGAGAGCAAUGCAUGGUCUGUUUGAUAUGGGGUAUCAACACUGUGAGUCGGAGUUUCCCUUCAUAGGGUGCAUGUACACAAUGGCGCCAGAUAGUGUGAGAGUCUACGUGUAUCAACCACAGAAACAGUGAAGACAAGAAAUUCAUAUGAGGUGGGAAGUAACCUAUAUAACAAGUAGGGUUUGGCGUGUGAAGAGCUUACAAUUUCCAUUGUAAAGUAAUACAGGGACUGUCUGGACAAUUUAAACUCAAACAUAGCCAUGUUCACUGGUUAUAACCUUUGUUCUGUGAAUUUAUGAUCAAGACAUUGCUAUGUACAGUAGCCUACAGAACGAAGACAGAAUAAAGAUGAUUUUAUAACAGACAA